AGAGUUACCCGCGUUUUGCUGCACAACUAAAAGCGUUUAAAACUAUUUUAUCCUCCGUUUAUCUCUCUUAAAGACCGUCGCUGAUCUUUUCUCUUCAUCUUCGAUUUUUAAGUUUGUCUCGUUUUUACUUCAUUUCUUCACUUUUUAGUGAAUGAUUCAACUCUGCAGAAAAGUCCCAUUGCAAAGCACAUCAACUUCUUAGCUACAGGAUUUAAAACCACAAGAGCUGUUUGCCCCCAACAUCAUGAUGAAGACUUCAGCCAAAAGAAAGCGAACAAAAAACAAAACGGACAACAAGACCGAUUGUGACAAAGAAAAUGUCAGUCCAGAUGAAGCCUCCAGUCCACCUAAGAAGAAACGGAGCCCAUUUCCAGGCGUCCAGAGUCAGACAAAGAUUCCUCUGGGAACCAACAACACCAAUAGCAGCAGGUGUCUGCUGGACAAUCCUCGACCACGUCCAGUGAACCCCGGUGUUAACAAGAUGGAGAGGAUGAUAGAAGAGGGUUUGAAACGAGACCUGAAUGAACAACUAUCUGAAAAAAGACCAGAGUCUGCCUCUCCAUCCAGAAAUAGGGUUGACAUGCAUUUUCCAAAAACAUAUAAAGCACGUUCUCCAACAAAUAAACAAGAAAAGAACAAUGUAGAGAAUGAGAGGGGAAGAGUGAAGGCAGAUGAGCCACCAGGCUGCCAGUCCGAAGCCAUGGAUAUCUCUGAACUUCCAGCUGAUUGUAAACUGGAAGCACCAAACCUGAGUGACGAAGAGUUUCUACGUCUGCUGAAAGAAAUAGAGGUAUCUGUUUGCAAAAUUGUUGUGCUUGGUGUUUCCCAGGGAACAGCAGUUUCCCAAGGAACAGGCUUUGUGUGGUGUGGCAGACUCAUCUUGACAAGUGCACAUCUGUUCAGAGGUUGUCUGGAUGGAAGAAAGUUGGUGGAUAACAUAAAAGUUUCUGUUGAUUUUGAACUAGAAACUGUGAACCCGUUGUACACUGUGGAGGAAAUAUUUCUUGACAUUGAUGAAGAGCUGGAUUACGCCGUAUUUGAGCUCAUACCUGAGGACCCAACAGCAGAGAAGGUAAAGUUUCCACCAGGACUCCUUAAGAGACUCGGUCCAGUGCUGAAGAGCGGUGGAGUCAGUCUUAUUGGGUUCCCUGCAGGGAGAGAGAAGACCAUCAGACGCACAACUAUUGUCGAGGCAGAAAACAGGGAGCAAGUUGUGAAAAAUCUUUUAGAUAAAUACUAUAAAUACAUUUUCACCCAGACGUCAAUCAAACAAAUAAUCACGAAUCAAGGCAUUGGUAGCAUAAUGAAAAACGGGAAAAGAGAAGAACAGGUCAUAACCUACCAUUGUCCCAUGUAUGAUGGAACAUCUGGUUCUCCAGUUAUUGAUGGACGUGGCCAAGUUAUUGCGCUGCACACUGGAGGGUAUGACUACGGGUUUACAGAGUUUAAAAACCAUGUCAUCGAGUUUGCCAUCUCUUUGCCCACAAUAUUUAAAAAGUUUGUGAGCAAUCUAAGGAAAAGAGGAGAAAAGGAGCAGCUGGAAAGAAUUAGGGAGGAAGUAUCGGAUAAUGAUUACGUUACAAGGUUGAUGUUCAGUCCUGAGUAGGAGUAGAAAGGUCUAGUUGUAUGAGAUCUCAUAUCAAACAUCACAAUAUUUCUUAUUGAGGCGACUCCUAUCUCAUGAUCUCAUGAGGUGCCUUUAUGAUCUAAAGGUCUAAAAAUCUGCCACUGUCCUCUUUAGAGGGCCAGUUCAUACCAAUCAUGUCUGAAAUAGGGGCGUGCUGUGGUGGCGUAGGGGACAUUGCGACCCACAUUUAGAGGCCUUCAGUCCUCAAUGCGGCCGUCACGGAUUCGAUUCCUGGACCCGGCAACAUUUGCCGUAUGUCUUCCCCCCUUUCCUGUCAGCCUGCUGUCAUAUAAGGGACACUAGAGCCACAAAAGACCCCCUGGUGGGGAAAAAAAAAGUCUGAAAUAUUCACCAGUGACUUUUCAUCCAUCCCUCAAAAAAUCAAUAUUGACCAAAAUCAGAAUCACCGAGUUAGGCUUUUUUUUUUUUUCUUUAAAGAGUUGUGGUUGAUAAUCAGCCAGAAAACUGCAAUCAGUGUGUCCCCAAUAAUGAUGCUUUUUUUACAGAGGAAAAAAUCUACAGAUAUUAUGUAAAACAUUCAAUCUGAUAAAAGCUUUUAAAGUAUUUGGUAAUUAUCUACAGCCUGCCUGUCAGUGAGUCUUAAUAACAACGAGAAACAUCCAACAAUCAUUCAUUCUCCAGUAGAAACAUUUGGUUUGGUUUCCAACAGGAUCAUCAGUAAAGAGAGGAACAUAUCAGGUCAAUAAAAUUAUGACUCAUCAGUUUUCUGUACUUUGAAUUGGUUUUCUAUUAUUUUUAAUCUUCACUUGAUGCAGAGCUGCUCACUGCUCCAAACAGGGAGGCAGUUUUAUGUUCAGGACUAGAAUAACUUAUUCAUGAAAUUAAAAUGGCUUCUUUCCAUUUUUGUUUAUACUUUCAGUUUGUUUUAUUUAUUUGUUUUAUUUAUUUUUUUAUUUUAUUGUUUUAUUUUACACCAUUUUAUUCAGCGUUUCUUCAGUUUCUACAAUUGUUAAACUUUGAUUGUUUUAUUUUUGAACAUUUCAAACAUUCACUGGUUUCAUGUCAGUUUCUGUGUUGAGUUCCUAUAAAAUGAUUUUCUCUGUUCCUACUGAUAUUCUGUCAUUAUUUGGUUUCUGUGAUAAAAACACUUUAAGAUCCAAUCUGCUGCAGAGGAUCAAAUUAUUCAUAUUUUCACGUUUCAAAUAUUUAGAAGUUAAUUUCU